AUGUCGGAUUCUGGCAAGCAAGACGAGAAGCCCACGGGCGAGCACGAGAUCGAUCAUGACCGCGAGCACGACAAUGAACAUGAGCAAGGAACUGAGAUGUCAGGAGCUGAGGAGGAAGAAAUCACUGCCAUGAAGCGCCGCGUGGCAGAGAUGGAAGAGGAGGCCAAGAAGCUUCGCGAGAUGCAAGCAACUCUGGAACAGCAAUCUGCAGACCUUGCGGAUGACAAGGAAUCCAUCGAUGCACGCAGUAUCUUUGUUGGCAAUGUCGAUUAUUCAGCCUCGCCUGAAGAUAUCCAGAGUCACUUCCAGAGCUGCGGCUCCAUCAACCGAGUGACCAUUCUUCUUGACAAGUUCACAGGUCAACCGAAGGGCUACGCCUACGUCGAGUUCACCGAGCCGAGCUUGGUCGCCCAGGCUCUUGUUCUCAACGAGAGUGUCUUCAAGGGACGCAACAUCAAGGUGACCCCCAAGCGCACCAAUGUCCCUGGCAUGAGCCGUGGACGUGGUCGCGGUGGGUUCCGCGGUGGCCGAGGCUUUCAUGGCCGAGGCAGCUUUCCUCGCGGUGGUGGUUAUCGCGGUGGCUACCGUGGUCGCGGACGAGGUUUCGCCCCCUACUAG